AUGGACGAGCCCCUCAGCCCGCGCACUAGCGCCUCGCCCGGCAUUCCGCAGUGUUGUUGUGGCCGCACCGACUGCGCAUUCCUGAGCCACAACGGCGAGCUGCUCGAGAGCCUGGAGCGCGACGUCCAAACCGCCGCCCAGCUUGGCCAGGCUCUGCUCCAGCGUCAUGAAGCAUACAUCGCCGACAGCGAAGCGGAACGCCGUCGCAUGGCCGCCAAGAUUGAGUCCCUCGAGCACGACAAGGCCGAACUCGAGGCCCGCAACGCGAAGACGGUGCAAGAGAACCGCGCCCUGCUCGACCAACUCGAGGCCAUCAACAAUGCCGCCUCCGAGACCGAUGCGCAUUGUCACGAGCUGACGGCCGCGCUGAUGGAGACGCAGGAGGAACUGCAGCGCAUGACCAACCUCGCAUCCCGCACCGAGAGCCUGGAAAGACAACUGGCCGAGCUGGAGAGAGAGCAGCAGGAGCUGCAGAACAAGCUGAGCACCACUUCCAAGGACGAGAAGUCGGCUGUCAAGCGCUGGAGGAAGGCAGAGCAGACCAUCGCUGCCCUGUCGGAGCAGAUCGAGCGAAUCGAAAAGGAGGCCAAGGAGGAGCGCGAGCGCCAUGUCGAGGUGGUGAGCCGCAUGGAGCGGCGUCGGGCUGUGGAGCGCGAGCUGGAGACGGCUGCCGGCAGGCUGAAGGGCGCUGCUGCUGCGAAGGCCGGCAAUCACGAUAAGACAGGCACGAAUGUGGUUUCGCACUUUGUCAAGGACAUCCUCCAAGACAACGCGAACCUGCAACUCGGCAUCGUGGAGCUUCGUGAGAUGCUCAUGAACUCCAACGACGAGGUCGAGCGGCUGAGAGAGCAGCUUCUGCUCCACCAGCCGAUGAGCGAGGCUUCGGAAGAGCCUAGCGGACCAAGUUUGCAGAAAGAGCUGGGUUUGGAGGAGCCGGAGCCGCCGCAGGAAACCCCCAAGGAGCCGCGCCAACUCCACGUUCACCACCAUUACCACGCCGCGCCUACUGCAGCCAAGGAACCCAGGAAGGGCCACCUGCAGCGCAGGUCUUCAAAGAAGAGACGGAGCGUUGUUACCCCCAGCCACUUCGCACCGCCUUCGGGAAUGCACACUCCCCGCUCUUCCAUCUCUAACCCCCGCCCUACGACUCCUUCUUCUGCCGCUACCAUUCUUUCUCAAACAGCCGUUACCAUUCCUAGUACCGCCAAAGGCCAUGCCCAUCGCUGGUCGGUCGCAAGCCACCAAACGGGCGUCUCCAUGGCCCCGUCGUCGGUGCCCAGCUCUCCCUACUCACGACGCACGUCGUCCAUUUUCGAUCGCAUGUUCAGCGACGCCGGCCAGGAUUCUUCACGACCCACGAGUCCCGAAAGCAACAAUGACCCCGGAUCGCCUGACUUUGCUCCGAUUACAACCAGAGGCAAGGGUCCCGCCAGGACCCUCACGACGCCUGCGGCGUUCAAGCUCCACGCUAAGGCCGCCCCGCCUAUCGAAGUCAGCGCAACCGCAUCGUCGCGCAUCUCGGAAGAGGAGCUUGACAGCCUCUCGCCAAUCUAUCAAGAUAUCAUCACAGAGGAGCAGGAGACGUCUUCGGAUGCCGACAUCUCGGCCGUCGACCUGACAACGCCUGAAGCGCAGGAUUCCGACGAGGUGUACACCAAUGGCCAGAUUGGCCACGGUCUGCGCCGUGCCACAUCGCACGAGUCUCUCCUCUCGGUGCGUGGCAUGGACAUUUCGGUACACGCGCGGCCAUCGCAGAUUUACUUUGCGCCUAGCAGCCCCUCUUCUCAGGCCAUGGCCAGCCUUAGCAACAUGGUCGCGCGUCCGAGCAUCUCCUAUCGCCACGACCAAGACGCUAGCGCGGCGCACCGCAGUCUACUCGCAGGCUUCACUACGGAUCAGCGCACUGGUGGUCAGAGUGCUCGGCCCAAACAAAACAACUCGGGCGGAGGCAUUGGCCGCAAAGUGGGCGGAUGGGUUUUUGGCAAGUGGGGCUUCGCGCCCACACCGACUCGCGCAGCUGAAGCCACGGCUGCAGAAGCCGCUGCCAGCACAUCAACCACGACUUCGCUGUCGCCCAACGCGCAGGCUCCAGCGACGAAAGACGGCCGUGCGAGCAGCUCCAGCACGGCGUCGUCGACCAAUUCCUCGUCAACGGCCACUACCGAAGUGCCGUCGACUUCUGCCACGAUGCCCCGCCGGUCCAAGUCGCUCAAGCACCGUUCGCCCGGCAUCAACCAGGCCGGGCCCAUCCACGGCCUCGGCCCAUCGACGAAGGCGCCGUUCAAGGUCGUCGUCCAGAAGGACGAGGUCGACGUCGACGCUCUGAGGGAAAGCCUCGCUGAGGCCGGCGGCAGCCCCGUUCGCACGGAGCCGCAGAUCAGGAUCGAGCCGCCGUCGGAAACUACGGCAGCCGGUGCGUGA